AUGAAUAUGCACCUAAUAUUCUUAUUUUCCCUGUUUAAGUUGAAUGAUUGCACAGCUUACAAGAACUUGUUUGAGACAUUAUUAUCAAGAUACAAUCGAAUAGCAUUUCCACCUGGAGAAAAGCACAAUAACAGUUUAAAAAUUGAAUUUAAACUUCGUUUAGAUCAAAUUGUAGAUGUGCACGAAAAGGAUCAAGUUAUAACGUUAAAAGGAAUUCUGGUUCAUCGUUGGCAUGAUAUCCGUCUAUCCUGGAAUCCACAAGAGUUUGGCGACAUCACUUUAAUGCACUUUCCUGGUGAAAUGAUCUGGCUCCCAGAUAUUAUUUUAUACAACAAUGCUCAUGGAAGUCCUUGGGUAUCAGAAACUACUCAAGUGCAUGUCUCCCAUGAAGGACGCGUUACAUGGCAUCCUCCAGUUGCUUAUGAUGCAUUUUGUAACAUUGACAUUGAAUGGUAUCCUUAUGAUCUACAAAUUUGUGAACUUAAAUUCGGAUCAUGGACCUAUGGAGGUUCACAACUAAACUUGAUUCAUUUGAAUGCCGAUAAAGCGAAGGAGAGUACAGAUUCAACUGGAGAAAAUGUUUCAAAAGUAGAAAGAGGAGUCGAUUUAAGUAAUUAUCAAGAAUCAGUUGAAUGGGAUCUGCUCUCUAUCGAAGGGAUCCGACACGAAAAAUGGUACCCUUGUUGUGACUAUCCAUCUAUAGAUAUAACAUAUUACCUGCAUAUUCGCAGAAAAAAGUUAUUUUAUACAAUCAACAUGAUAAUUCCAUGUGUCUCUCUUGCUUCUUUAACUCUUUGGGCAAGUUCUAGACAAUCUAUACUAAAAUUAAUUAGUUCCAAUUUUCAGGUGUUUUAUCUUCCAUGUGAAAGUCAUCAGAAAAUACAACUAUGCAUUUCUGUUCUAGUGGCGCUCACCAUUUACUUCCUAAUGCUUAUUGAUAUCAUUCCACCAACCAGUAUUGUUACUCCACUUAUUCUUAAAUAUCUCAGUUUUACAAUGGUCAUGGUUGCUUUAUCGGUCACUUGUACAGUUUUCGUACAAAACGUACAUUAUCGUGCUCAUUAUCAACCAAUGCCGUCAUUCGUGAAACGGUGGUUUAUAGAAAUUCUUGGAAAAAAGCUUCUGAUAUCUAGAAGGACGGAAAAAGCACAGUAUCAUCGAACCGCCCAACAUGUGAAGCAAGUAAAUGCCCUAUCUGCAAUGAAUAUUCUUGAGAAGCAAUUUCAAAAGACACUUUUUGAGUUAGAGAUUGCAACUAUGGCAAAGAAGAGUACGACACAGACAGCCAAAACUGUUAACGCAAUAUUUCUUGAACUUCCAAUGCUGAAUCGUUCUGUAUCUGUUAAAAUAAGAAAACCAUCUGUCAAAGCUGUGAGGAACCGUGUUCGUCGUUUGCUGAGUAUUGACAUGACCGACGACGUCAGAGGAAAAGAAUCUGAGGAAAUAUCUCCGGAGACUGUUAAAGAUACCGACCCAGAUAGAGAGAAAUUGAGAAAAGCCGAGCGAAAUAUUCAUUUCAUUGCGAAAACUUUGACAGACGAAAGGAAGGCCGAAGAAGCUGAAGCUGACUGGCAGUUCGUGAGUCUGGUUAUGGAUCGCAUACUUCUUAUAAUCUUCACAAUCACCAUCACAAUAGGAACAGUGUUAACAAUGUUCUCCGCACCAACUAUGUGUGACGAUAGGGAGCCUAUAAAAAUCUUCUAA